UCAAAGUGAGCCGUCACACUGAUCACGCGAAAAGUGCCUAAAACCCUCAAACCUCUAAACCCCAAGAAAAUCACAUUUGCGCCACUCUCUGCUUCUACUGCGAAUUGAUUUUUUUUGAGGCCUAAAUGGCUGCGGUGGCUCUGAGGAACUCUAAUUCAAAGCGCCUUCUACCAUUCUCGUCUCGUAGAUACUGGUCCUGCCAUGGAUCGGCGGCGGUGGCCUCCUCCUCUAAAUUUUCUUUUUUAGAUUCGGUGUCUGCAAAUGAGAGAACCGCCACGGGCUCCGCCGGUGGCUGGUGGAGAUCCAUGGCUACCUUCACGAGAACGAAACCUCAUGUGAAUGUAGGAACAAUUGGUCAUGUUGAUCAUGGAAAAACUACUCUGACUGCAGCAAUAACAAAGGUACUAGCUGAAGAAGGGAAAGCCAAGGCUGUUGCCUUUGAUGAAAUUGACAAGGCGCCUGAAGAGAGAAAGAGAGGAAUUACGAUUUCAACGGCCCAUGUGGAGUAUGAAACUGCGAAGCGUCACUAUGCACAUGUUGACUGUCCUGGACAUGCAGAUUAUGUGAAAAACAUGAUUACCGGCGCUGCCCAAAUGGAUGGUGGUAUUCUAGUUGUGUCUGCUCCUGAUGGGCCCAUGCCUCAGACAAAGGAACAUAUUUUGCUUGCACGCCAGGUUGGGGUACCAUCUCUUGUGUGUUUCCUGAAUAAAGUUGAUGCUGUUGAUGAUCCAGAGUUAUUGGAGCUUGUCGAGAUGGAAGUCCGAGAACUUCUCAGCUUCUACAAGUACCCUGGCGAUGAAAUCCCUAUUAUUCGUGGAUCAGCAUUGUCUGCUCUACAGGGUACAAAUGAAGAAAUAGGCAAAAAUGCCAUUUUAAAGUUAAUGGAUGCUGUGGAUGAAUAUAUCCCGGACCCUGUACGCCAGCUUGACAAGCCUUUCCUAAUGCCAAUUGAAGGUGUUUUCUCAAUUCAGGGACGUGGAACUGUUGCUACUGGUCGUGUUGAACAAGGCACCAUAAAAGUUGGUGAAGAAGUAGAGGUUCUGGGCCUCCUGCAGGGUGCUCCUAUCAAAACCACAGUGACUGGUGUGGAGAUGUUCAAGAAGAUCUUGGAUAAUGGACAAGCUGGUGACAAUGUGGGUCUUCUUCUACGUGGCCUAAAGCGGGACGAUGUGCAGAGAGGACAGGUGAUUGCCAAGCCUGGAUCUUUGAAAGCAUCCAAGAGGUUUGAGGCGGAGAUUUACGUUCUUACAAAAGAUGAAGGGGGACGCCAUACUGCUUUUUUCUCGAAUUAUAUGCCUCAGUUUUACAUGAGGACUGCAAAUAUCACAGGGAAGGUGGAAUUGCCUGAAAACGUUAAGAUGGUUAUGCCUGGGGACAAUGUGUCUGCAACUUUUGAGCUGACCGAAUCAGUUCCGUUUGAAGCAGGACAAAGAUUUGCCUUGAGGGAGGGAGGUAAAACAGUUGGAGCAGGUGUAGUCUCCAAAGUGCUGAGCUGAUAAUACCUUGAUGGUUUUGAAAUCCAGAUCCUUAAUUCUUUGUCUCUGGUUGAUCACAAAAUGGGUGGAAUAGGAAAAUUCAAAAUUCGUACUUGUGGUAACACAUGCCAUGUAAUCACUUACAUAAUCCCCAUCUCAGCAUCUGAUCUGAUUUGUUCUGUGCAUUAGUUUGAAGAUAUUUUAAUGACCUGAGGCUGAAAUUUAGUGUAUUAACAGGCAGUUUAUCUUCAGUUCCGUUUUGCAGUGCACCAUGGGCUACUUUGUCUUGUUCAUUCUUUUUUUCCUCCACUUGAUAAUAUCCCAGUUAGACAUUAUGGUUGCUGGAUU